GGAGCCGGGUAAGCGCCCGGCGGAGCGGGCGGUGUCGGGGGGAUGUAUUCUGUGACAGCCAUCAGCUUCUUUUUGAGAAAAUGCAUAGGUUUCCUGUGGCGGGUGACGGCUUUGGAGCCGUGUCGAACGUUCUGAAUCAAGGGGAGCCAUCCUGGAAGACACCGAGACAGUCACUCGGCUGCUAGCUCAGAGCUAGCUUCAUUCGGCUUAGCGCUAGCGACAGUUAGCUUAGCGCUAGCUUCGCUAUAGUUUCAUUUAAGCGCAUUACAUACUAACCGUGGCCACUAGUCAGCUGCUAACAUGCAUAUUAUACAUAUUAUAUCACAUAAACGUGCAGUAUUUGCUCAACAUUACCUUGUUUAGGUAGUAACUUCACACACAAGGUCGCCGCCAUCUUUGACAGGAAGUCACCUCCCGGAAGUGACGGCAGGCUGCUUUCGCUAUCAUGCCGGUAAAAUGACAGCUGUCACAAGUAGUUGUAACUAGCAAAGAUUCGCAAGCGUAAGACUACUAAAAGCUAAUCCACGUACAUUAAUAUUCAAUCUGGAAUUUAUUUUAUUUACAUCAUCUCACCGCUGCCUACGUUUUAUUCACUCUGAAACUCAUUUUUACGCAAUGUAAUAAAAUGCACCACCGUGUGUACAUUAUAAUACACUGUAAAACGUAACACUGUAAGUUACAACUUUCCAUAUUUUUAAUGACUGGUAAUACUUAUAUAUUUCUUUUUAACAAGGAGUCAUCUUAAAAUAAGCUUUUGUCAGUGGUUAGCAAACACAUGUCACGUUUUUACGUAAGCGCGUUGGUUACGUCAGUAGUAGCAUGAGGCUCCCAUUGAGACACAUUGGCUUUUUCGGUCGAAAUCCCGCUUCUUUAGUCCGCUUGACUGCGUGCAAACGAAGCGUCCUUGCACACUUCCUCAGCGGUAAGCCGACGUGCGACAGAGCAAACAUGGACCUGAGCCACAUGAGGAAGAAAUACAAAGGGGACGAGGAGUGUUUCGAGGAGAGCCAGCUGGCGUCUCUGGACCCAAUCAAGCAAUUUGGAAACUGGUUCGAUGAAGCCACCAAGUGUCCUGAGAUCGGAGAGGCCAACGCCAUGUGCAUCGCCACGGCGACCAAAGACGGACGCCCGUCGGCCCGCAUGGUUCUUCUCAAAGGCUACAGCGACGCCGGCUUCCGAUUCUUCAGUAACUACGAGAGCCGCAAAGGAAAGGAGCUGGAAAGCAACCCUCACGCGUGCUUGGUCUUCUACUGGGAGCCUCUCAACCGACAGAUCCGCAUCGAGGGCGAGGUGGAGCGUAUCCCCUACCAGAGCUCCUGCGAGUACUUCCGCUCGCGGCCAAAGAGCAGCCAGAUCGGCGCUGUGGUGAGCAGACAGAGCACGGCGGUUCCUAACAGAGACUAUCUCAGGGAUAAGAAUUCAGAGCUGGAGGAGAAGUACAAGGACUCUCAAGUACCCAUGCCAGACUACUGGGGGGGCUACGUGGUGAAGCCUCACCUGAUAGAGUUCUGGCAGGGUCAGACCAACAGACUCCACGACCGAAUCGUCUUCACCAGACUGGCUGCCGACGCGGUGCUGGGCGAGCACCAGCACCACGGCGAGGGCGGUUGGGUUUACCAGCGCCUGUCUCCGUAAAGCAGCGCCCUCUGCUGGUGGCCGGACCCCUACCCCGCUUGGCGUCGUCGUCUGCUGUCCGUCAUACUUGAUUGUUGUCUUGUUGACAUGUUCAGGGAGUUUAGGUGUUUAAAUGUUGGAAUUGUAUGUUGACGCUCGGAAUUUUGUGUCGUAUCAAUCAGGAUUCACACAAGAAUAGAAUGUAUGGCUCACUUUCAUGCAGUAUGUACUCAAAUAGCGUAAAUAUCAUUACUCUUGAUUCAUAAACAUGUCAGUGUUGAUCAAAAAUACCUGAUAUUUGCUUUAUUCCACAAUUUUAACACAUUGAAAUUGUCAAUUAAUGAGUAUUUAUGGAUUUUAAUGAAAUAAAAUGACCAAAAAGCUCAUUGGUUUUAGCGCUCCCGAGGACUUCCGCAAAUGUAGGUAUCCAAAACUGCUUUGUGGGCUCACACGAACCUCAUUAUCUGAUGCGUUGGCAUCGUUUAACACGAGAAGACAACAUUGUAACAACAUUUAUAGAUCAGAAAUGAGGAAAAGCAUAGAAUCCCCUUUAAAAUGUCUGCCAUACGCCUUUCUGUGCCUCCAUUCAUGUUAGCGCCCGCUCCCUCACGAGGCUAACUGCUCUGUAUCCACUCACUAGUGGCCCCGCCCCCACAAACAGGCUGAAUGAGAUGUUCAUUCCACUAUAGAACCAAUGCGCAAUGACACGUGCAGAGUGAAGCCUCUUGCCAUCCAGCCUGUGUGACGCGGAGAGACACACACAUACAUGCACAAGUCAAAUUAUCGAUUACAUAAUUAUCUACCUGUUUUUCUUUAUUGUUCC